UAUGAUCAUCCAAACGGGGUUUUGGAGUAACACUGCAGUGCCCAAGAUAUUUUUGCUGAGAGUCCCUAACUUGUGCACAGAGAUAACAAAAAACACAGUGAAAUGGUCCUUCUAUACCUCCCAAGGUUUCCUCUCUACCUCGUUACCUUAUCUCACUCCCUCCCUCGUCGAACCUACUCCAAAACCACCCUCUUACGCCCACCCAAAUCCACUCUCACAACCUCACAACCCUUAACCGUUAACCCUUCCCCCACAGAGCUAUCCCUCGAGAAGCUCUUCGUUCCGCCGGAGACCACCGUGUCCCUCGAAAGUUCAAGAGUCUUGAACGGUUCUAACAUUCUGCUGAGUAACUACGCCAACGAUGCUCAGGUAUUGCAGGCCGAGUUUGUGAAAAGCAGUGUGAAGACUGAAGACUGUCCCUCCGAUGGAAUUCCCGAGUUCGCUCUCGUUGGCCGCUCCAACGUCGGCAAAUCCUCGCUCCUUAAUUCCCUCGUCCGCCGCAAGAAACUCGCCUUAACUUCGAAGAAACCCGGCAAAACACAAUGUAUAAACCAUUUUCGGAUUAAUAAUAGCUGGUACCUGGUUGAUUUGCCUGGUUAUGGGUAUGCAUCUGCACCACAUGAACUUAGGAUGGAUUGGGAAAAAUUCACCAAGGACUAUUUCCUUAACCGCUCAACCUUAGUUUCAGUAUUCCUUCUAAUAGAUGCUAGCAUUCCUGCUAAACAAAUUGAUCUUGACUAUGCCAGUUGGUUGGGUCAGAAUCAGAUCCCAAUGACAUUAAUCUUCACCAAAUGUGACAAGCGGAAAAAGAAAAAGAAUGGAGGCAAAAGACCAGAAGACAAUGUUAAUGAUUUUCAGGAUUUGAUUCGAGGUUUCUUCCAAUCCGUGCCUCCGUGGAUCAUGACCAGUAGCGUUACUAAUCAGGGUCGUGAUGAGAUACUCCUCCAUAUGGCCCAGCUACGGAACUACUGGCUCAAGCACUAGUUCUGAGAAACAUGACAUAGUUAGAGCAGAUACGCUUUUCCAGAUAGACUUGCUUGAUUACCAGCUAAUAUGGUUAUCAAUUUAUCUAUUUUCCAUGGUGUGCCUUCUCUGCAUUGCCCUAGUACCUACAAGGCCUAAGGCUAAAUCUAAUGAAAUGAAAGCCGGAUAAAGAAAACUAUUUAGAACAAAGCUUGAUACUGUACAACACCAUGCCUGUGUGAGGUUCUACUCCCAGCCCUGUACGAUUGUUCUAAUGAAAUUUGUUUUGGAUUUACACAAAUGGUUAUUAUCACCUGUAAAUUAGUAAUGAUAUUUUUAUUCAAAUACUUGGAUACUUCGAAAGUUCUAUUGUCGUUGAUUUUAAAGAACCCAUGUGAGAUUGUUUCCUCUCCCCCGAAUCACUUCAUGGAAAACCAUCACUUUUCAUGAA